CUAAAUUGUUUCGAGCUGCUGCUUAUUUUCACCAUUACCAUCAACGCACAAUUUCUUUGCGGAUUUUUGCAAGUAUAUUAUAUUUUUGGAGACUUUAGUCCUGAUGAAUUCAAUCAGUUCUUUGUGACUCCUCGCUCUUCAGUUGAGCUCCCUCCCUACAACGGAGCAGUUCUGUGCGGCACCCAAGCUACCGAUGAGCUACCCGAUGGACAAGAGUAUCAGAGAAUUGAGUUUGGUGUUAACGAAGUGAUUGAGCCCAACGACACUUUGCCCAGAACUGCCAGCUACAGUAUUUCAAGCACGCUGAAUCCUCAGGCCCCUGAAUUUAUCCUCAGUUGCACAACUUCCACAAAGACCCCUGAUGACAUGGACAAGGACGCGGCCUUCAGCCCCGUGGACGGCCCUUACCCAGGCCCUGCCCUGGCCCUGGACGCCGGCUCCAGCGUGGAGGUGGAGGUUCUAGAAAAUGACGGAGUCGCGGGUGGUCUUGGACAAAGGGAGCGUAAAAAGAAGAAAAAGCGCCCCCCAGGAUAUUACAGUUACUUGAAAGACGGCAGCGAGGGUGGCAUUCCCACAGACGCCCUGGUCAACGGCCACGCCAGCCCCGCAGUCCCCAACAGCAUGGGCUCCGAGGACGUGGAGUUGGCGGGCGAGGCGCCCCCCUCGGGGACACCCAGGACUUGCAGUAGCCCUCAGGACUCCAUGGACUUCGGUGGUGACGCUGUGUCCGGCGGGCCUCUCCCCGGAGCUGUUGACGGGGCCUCGAGGACUGCAGGGCCGCCUGGGGGCUGCCACGGGGCCGACUCGGGAGAGCCCUGCCUCCCUGCGGAGGCCGCCGGGGACAGCCUGUUGAGGACAGCGGUGGCCCAGCCUUACGUGGCUCAUACUACUGAAAACCUUGCAGUUGCUAAUGGACAAAUACUUGAAUCCUCUGGCGAGGGCCCAGCUGCCAACGGGGUCGAGUUGCACACUGUGGACAGCCCGGACUUGGACCCCGCCAAAGCCGAGCACGCGUCCCCUGCCGCCGACGCCCCGGCCUCCGGGGCUGGUGCCGCCCCCGCCGGCCCGCCCAAGUCCUGGGCCAGCCUUUUUCACGAUUCUAAGCCCUCUUGCUCCUCGCCCGUGGCUUCUGUGGAGUCUAAGCCUUCCCCUCCUGCCCCACCCCCGCUGGUCUCCGAAAAGCAGGUCGAUGUCAAAGAAGGGCUUGUUCCGGUCUCAGAGGACCCCGCAGCCCUGAAGAUCGCAGAGUUACUGGAGAAUGUGACCCUAAUCCAUAAGCCAGUGUCAUUGCAACCCCGUGGGCUGAUCAAUAAAGGAAACUGGUGCUACAUUAACGCCACGCUGCAGGCCCUGGUCGCCUGUCCUCCGAUGUAUCACCUGAUGAAGUUCAUCCCUCUCUACUCAAAAGUGCAAAGGCCUUGCACGUCGACGCCCAUGAUCGAUAGCUUUGUCCGGCUGAUGAACGAGUUCACUAACAUGCCAGUACCUCCCAAACCCCGACAAGCCCUUGGGGAUAAAAUCGUGAGGGAUAUCCGCCCCGGAGCUGCUUUCGAACCUACGUACAUUUACAGACUCCUCACCGUGAUCAAGUCGAGCCUGUCUGAAAAGGGUCGGCAAGAAGACGCGGAGGAGUACUUAGGCUUCAUUCUGAACGGACUUCACGAGGAGAUGCUGAACCUAAAGAAACUUCUGUCAGCCAACAACCAAAAACUCACCGUCUCCAACGGACCCGGGAGCCACUCUGUGUGCGAGGAUGAGCAGGAGGAGCCGGGCGAAGGCAGUGAGGACGAGUGGGAGCAAGUGGGGCCCCGGAACAGGACCUCAGUCACCCGCCAGGCGGACUUCGUGCAGACCCCGAUCACUGGCAUUUUUGGUGGACACAUCAGGUCUGUGGUUUACCAGCAGAGUUCAAAGGAAUCUGCCACUUUGCAGCCAUUUUUCACAUUGCAGUUGGACAUCCAGUCUGACAAGAUACGUACGGUCCAGGACGCAUUGGAGAGCUUGGUGGCAAGGGAAUCUGUCCAAGGCUAUACCACGAAAACCAAACAAGAGGUGGAGAUCAGCCGCCGAGUGACCCUGGAGAAGCUCCCGCCCGUGCUCGUGCUGCACCUGAAGCGGUUUGUCUACGAGAAGGCUGGCGGCUGCCAGAAGCUCGUCAAGAGCGUCGAGUACCCCGUGGACCUGGAGAUCAGCAAAGAACUGCUUUCUCCAGGGGUUAAAAGUAAGAACUUUAAAUGCCACAGAACCUAUAGGCUCUUUGCAGUGGUCUACCAUCACGGCAGCAGCGCCACGGGCGGCCACUACACCACGGACGUCUUCCAGAUCGGCCUGAACGGCUGGCUGCGCAUCGACGACCAGACGGUCAAGGUGGUCAGCCAGUCCCAGGUGGUGAAGCCCGCGGCCGAGCGCACAGCCUACCUCCUGUACUACCGCCGCGUGGACCUGCUGUAGCGCCGCCCGCGUGCCCGCCGCCCGCUUGCAGCCGCCUCUCCCCCCGACUCCCUUCCCGUCCCCGGUGGCGCUCUGGCUCCCUGGAGAGGGCCUCGCUGGCCUCGGCAGAAUGGGCUGGAACGGAGAGCAGGCGCCCGGGGCCCGUGUGCAGCGGCUCGCGUGGACGCCUGCCUUCCAAAUCCAAAUCAUUCGGUUGAACCAGACUGUCGCUUGAUUUAAGAGAACACAGAACCCGUCUUGCUGAGAUAAUGCUGUUUCCUGAGUGAGAAGGGGAGCGUGCGUCUGACUCCCCGUCGGAUCGCGUUAGUAGAACAAAUCCUGCACCAGCAACCCCUGUAAAUUUGUGAAAAUGAAUUUUAUCUUUCCUUAAAAAAUAAAUUUUUUAAUCCAUCACACUUUCCUGCCCCACCCUUUAGUUUUUGAUAAACGAUAAAAAUGAGCCAAUUAUCAGAGAAGAAAUAGUUCUUCAAAAGAAACAUAAAUACAAAAAGUAAGUUGCUGGUUCCUAACAGGAAAACUACAUUCUAACGGCCGCCCGGUGAAAAGCUGCUCCCGCGCACGUUGCAGAUCAGGUCCCUGGAGGGGAGAGGUCGUCCGCGUAGACGGGGUCGUCCACGUCAUUGCCAUUAAACGAUCUCAAAUCGCAUUCAUGCUUCUGUGUGCACAUAAUGAAAAAUGGGCAAAACAGUGGAGGUGGAGCUUCCCCGAAGCUGCUGUUGUAAUCCUGCUGUCCGCCCUCCGCGGCGCCGCGUCUCCGACUGUACAGUGUAGUGACCUCUAGGGGUACACGAGUUGUCGCCCACCAAUAAAAAUCACAAAGUUGGUUUAAA